UUUUAGGAUUGGUAUGAACCCUUACGUGUCACAUUCUUAUUUGACCAUCCAUUUAUCUCUCUCCUUCGUCGUCGGGGUUUUCAUCUGAAAUCCCAUUUUCUCUCUUCCUCCUCCAAGCUCGAUCUCUCCAUCUUCUAUGUCGAUUGAUGUCGAUUUCCCUCUCUGUCGUUUCUCUAUCGAUUCAGAUGUCCAUAUCUCUGUUGAUUCUGAUGUCCAUUGAGAAGAUAUAUUAUCUCCUCCUCUGAGAUUCUUUCGUUUUAAAGUGAAAAGAUGACAGCUAAUAGAUCCAAGUCGGAAAAGAAGGAUGCGGAGAAGCAGCUCCGGCGGUACCCUUACGAGGUUCUAGGAGUCUUGAAGAACUCUACGGAUCAGGAGAUUAAGAGCACUUAUCGGAAACUAUCUCUCAAGUACCAUCCUGAUAAGACUGCAAAUGACCCGGUUGCGGCCGACAUGUUUAAGGAGGUCACCUUUUCCUACAACAUCUUGUCUGACCCGGAGAAACGCUGCCAGUAUGAUACUGCUGGUUUUGAGAGGCCGUUGAAGUAGAAGGCCAAGAGCUGGAGCAGUGGAGCUGGAUCUCUCAAGUUUAGGAGCUGUUUUGCCAACGUAAUACCUCUCCUCUCUUGCUAAGUCUUUGAACUUUAUAAGAUCAUAUUCAUAGCAUCUGGAACAUGAGUAAUGUCAAAUCAGUGCCUGCGUUUGUUUAGCAUCUCGAUCACAAGAGCACAUGAGUUUGUUUCUAUUUUAUCAGUGUCUGCAUUUGUUUAGAUACAUUGUCAAUUUGAUCGUUUCUUAUGUGUGAGUUUGUGUUACCUUUCAUUGGUUUACAUAAACAUGUUAUGAAAUCCAAA